UCAAGCUUAUUGUGUUAAGGGUUGUGGUAGCAAUGGUGCUUACCACAAAGGCACCUUUGGGAGUGGGACAGAGCUCUUUGUGAUGCCCAGAAGGUGCUUGCCGAGCAAGCCAAGACUGCCUGAUGCUUUUCAGGCUUGGUGAGCUCUAGAGAACAUGCAGCAGCAGACCAGUUUUUGUUCAACUUGGGGUAGAUUUCCCUCUCUAGCAAUAAUCCAGGGGAAAAGCUGAAGGAACUGUGGGGACAGUGGAAGGAGGUUGAGGAGAGCCCCUUAGUUCUGUCCCCAGCCUUGGCCUCAUCCCACAUGGGCAUUCUGGCAACCUCUGCUGCUGCCCUGGGAUCCUUCGGCCCCUUGUCACCCUUCUGCUGCCUCUCCUACAAGGCCUGGCUGGGCAGAGCCCUGGGGACAGAUGCUGCUCCUUCAAGUGGCUUGCUGGGCUUUUUGUUAUGGAAGGAAAUGCUGUGUGAUUACGGCAGCAGCGUCAACCAGCUGACGUUUGGCUCAGGGACCAGACUGUCUGUCCAACCCAAUGUUACUCCAUCUCCUUCAGUCUACAGGCUGGUCUCUAAAGAUGACGAGAAUGUGGAAAUGUGCCUUAUCACAGAUCAUUCCCCUGAAAAGCUUACUCUUAACAGGGCUGAUAAGGUGACAAAUACUGUUGUGGAGGUGACAACACCUGAGAACAAACAGGAAGCCAGCUACCUGUCAACCUACUGGGGCAAGAAAGAUGAAAUGCUGUGUGGUGCAAAUCAUGAGGGAUUUGGAGCACUGGAAGGGGAAGAUCCUGAAAGCGGUUCCAGUGCUUUUUGUGUUACAGGAAUGUCUCUACAAUUCAGGACAGAUGAGAACCUGAACACAAUGUCUUUAUCACAGCUGUCUCUGAAAAUAAUUUUAAUGAAAGGAAUAAUUUUUAAUGUCCUGAUGACGAUACUUGUGUGGAAAAAAAAGAAUGUAAGUAACUAGAUGGUGCAGUCCUGAAGUAUCAAAAAAGUCUGCUGAGGAAUCUUUACCAGAGCAUCAUCUGCAAGAGGGAACACAGGCAUUCCUAUUGAAAGAGAUAUCACUUGCUAUCUGUGUAUCAGCCAGCCAUUAUAAUCUAAAUUGCUUUAUUUGCAUUGUUCCAAAGCUUACCUAACCUAACUUACUAAACCUAAGCUUAAAAUUUCCAGCAUUCUGCUCCCCCAGAUGCCUGAUUCAUUUAGCACAACAAUGCCUCUUUUUUCAUAAAGCACAGUUUGGCAUGACUAUAAAUUACCAAACAUCACUCUUACCUACUGGUGUUAAAAUGACAUCCGAUUUCUGUUGUUUGGAGGUGGUGUUUGUUGAAAUCUGCAAGUUAAAUAUUACCUGAAUGUGAAGUUUUCAUAUUUUGGUAGCAUUCAGGUAUGCACCUCUUAGGGUGCACACCCAAAGACACCGUUGCAGUUGCAACAGUCUGAAAAGCAAAGGGAGAGUUACUCAGGGUC